AUUUCUCGUAUUUGGGAUUUAGCGCGGGGCAGGUUGUCGUGGAAAUCAACAACGACCUCUUCUCUUCUCUCGGCUUUUUCCCCAUUACGUCGUCGACAAGACGACCAAGGCAGAUAGGAUGCUUCAAGAUCUUCCACCCGAACUCAUAGGCGAUAUUAUUUCCUAUCUCGACAAGCCCGACCUGGCUCGCAUCAGACUCGCUUCCAAACAUUUGGAAUCUUUGGCGACACCGUUACUGUUUGGCGAUAUUACCAUCCAUGUAGACGAAAAUGAUCCGGUGAACAUACCGAUCCAGCGGGCUCUGAAUCUGAGCUUCGGCAGCGACCGCAAUCUUCUUCAUUUUGCCAAGAGGAUCACGUUUACUUCGCAGUUCCGGGUUAAUUAUACGAAGCGAUGUCUGCAUCACUAUCGUGGGAUCGUUGAGGAUGAGAGUGAUGAUGUUUGGGGCAGUGGGAGUGGGGAUGGGGACGAGGAGCAAGACGAAGAAGUUGAGAGAGAGGAAGAGAGAGGGAGAGAUGAUGCUGAAGACGAAAAGAAUGUAGGAGACAAACAAGAAGAUCUGACAGAAGAGGAAACAAGACAAACCGAGGAGACUGUGAGAUCAUCAGAGAGACGUGAAAAAGACGAAGUUGAAGACGACGACAGCGAGAGUAUAGAGACGAGAUACCCCGAUGAUGACCUCCUCGAGCCAUACCAGCUCACAGAGACAGAGCAACGCGACUUGGCCAAGUAUAUCCCCUGGGAGUACGAUGCCGAGAACCCCGCCGAGAUUACCCAGAUCAAGAACCGGGUUAUGGCCAUGCUGAUACGCUGCCGAGAAGGAUCUCUGACUGAAUUCAGGUGCCACCUACUCCUUCCACUACUAUAAGACUCCGUGUCCGUGUGUUACGGCAGCUUACAGCUAUCUCCAGUUGGGAUCUCGGAAUAUGCUGUCCCGCGGCAGUUUUGGGUGACGGUGGAAUCCUCCCCCGGCGACAGAAAAACAUGGAGACGGUCCGCAUCAUCAAUGACUCGCGCUGCUAUGGACACGACUACUGGCUCGCUGAUUUCCGCAAGCUCAAGCGCCUGACAUGGAUACCGCUUACAUGGAGAGACGAUCUAGACGCC